GCCAACACCAAGAGCGCACACCUUCCUGCGAAAACCGAACGAAAAGUCUCCCAUCAAUACAUCGCAACAAUGGGUCACUCUGCUGGUCUCCGCUCCGGUACGAGAUACGCCUUCUCAAGAGGCUUCAAAAAGACUGGUUAUAUUCCGCUCAGCACCUACCUGCGAACCUACAAGGUUGGAGAUAUCGUCGAUAUUGUCGCCAAUGGUGCCGUCCAAAAGGGUCUUCCAUACAAGGUCUAUCACGGCAAGACCGGUGUCGUAUACAACGUCACCAAGUCCGCUGUUGGCGUGAUUGUGUACAAACAGGUCGGCAACCGUUAUCUCGAGAAGCGCAUCAAUGUUCGCAUUGAGCACGUCCGCCACAGCCGCAGCAGAGAAGAAUUCAUUCUCCGUGUCAAGGAGAACGCACGGAGAAAGAAGGAAGCCAAGGCCAAGGGUGAGACAGUCGAUGUCAAGCGCCAGCCAGCGAAGCCAAAGGAGGCCCGGACUGUCACCCUUAAAGACAACUGGCCAGAGAACAUUGCUCCGGCGCCGUAUGAGACGUAUAUCUAGACGAUGAUUGUGGCGAGUGGUUCGGGAUGUGGAUUUAUUUUCCAUGCAUUGGGUUUACGGCGAAAGAUAUUAGCGACAACGGCACGUCGGGUUUCUUCCGAUCCAAAAACAAACACACGAUGGGUUGUCUGUCAUCUGGAAGAAGGCAAUUAUCGCCUUUGAUCAAUGAAUCGAUACCAUGAAAACAAAAUCAAUUCGCUGCAAUGUGACACCGCCUCGCUGCCCAACCUGCUUCCGUGCUGUUCAAAGACUUUCCCGCUUUUAGUAGACAUUAACCUGUACACAGACAUACCUAUCUAAUGGCUAUUGGGAGCCGAUGCAAAAUGUCUCUUGCGCUUAUGUAGACGAAAAGGCUGAAAAAGG